AUGCCCUCUGGCUUGCUGUUCGUCGCGAAGCCAGCUUCUCGGAGAAGUUUAGUGGACGUUCAAAUUUUUGUGCAGAAAUAUAUUUUAUCUGGGAAAUAUUUAUUAAUUUUAACAUUUAUGUUUAAUAAAUUAAUGUGUUAUAAUUGUGUGGCCGCCGCUAGCGGAAGAGUAGACCCUUCAUGGCAUGAUGCACAUGCAACAUUUUAUGGUGACAUGAGUGGUGCUGAGACCAUGAAGGGAGCUUGUGGCUAUGGUGAUCUAUUCAAACAAGGUUAUGGACUCCAAACAGCUGCACUGAGCACAGCAUUGUUCAGAGAUGGAUUAACUUGUGGUGCUUGCUUUGAGAUAAUGUGUGUCAAUGAUCCACAAUGGUGCAUACCAAAUGCUGGCACUAUUAAGAUUACUGCCACCAAUUUUUGCCCUCCAAAUAACUCCAAACCAGAAGGCAAUUGGUGCAAUCCCCCACUGCAACACUUUGACUUGUCCAUGCCCAUGUUCACCAAGAUUGCUAAAUACAAAGCUGGGAUUGUCCCUGUCAAGUAUCGCAGAAUCUUGUGCUCUAAACAAGGAGGGGUCAAGUUUGAGAUUAAGGGCAAUCCCAAUUGGAUUACUGUGUUGCCGUAUAAUGUUGGAGGGGCUGGAGAUGUCAUCAAUGUCAAGAUUAAGGGCUCUAGUAGUGGAUGGAUACAAAUGUCAAGAAACUGGGGGCAAGUUUGGCAGACUGGAACCAAUUUGGUAGGGCAAAGUUUGUCAUUCCAGGUGACUACUAGUGAUUUGAACACACUCGAGUUUGAUGGUGUUGCUGCUUCUAAUUGGCAAUUUGGACAAACUUAUGAUGGGAAAAAAAAUUUUUAG